GUCAAAUAUUAAAAGUGAACUUUGUGUGUUUUCGCCUUUUCGUGUAGUUCAUGCGUUCGCUUAUUACCAAAAAAUAAUAAUAAAAGUAAAAACAGAAGAAAAUAUUGAUAAAUGUGUUAAAGAAAAUAAAUAUCAAUUAAAAUUGAUUAAAAUAAAAUGUACUACAAUAUAAUCAUAUACGUUCACAACUGGCUGCUUUAAAUCUGUGUCAAUUCACUUCAGAAAUUUACGCAAGGUCAAAGCUAAAAUCGUAAGAUCGUGAUUCUGGUUAAGGCCAAUGAACGGUCCCGGCGAUAUUCCUUUGAAUGAGAACAGUGGCACCCCUGACACAAAAUCCUGCAGUAUAAUAUCUGUAAUUCCCACAUUAGGCAUGUCAUCAUGUCGUGGUAGAGCCGAGGCUUUUGCGCGUAGUUUAUCAUCGAAGUUACGUACAUUGGGCACACAGAAUGACGAUGGCGAAUUAUCGCCUGAGGAAGUGUCGAUAAUUAAUGAAAACAACACAACCAAUACAUGGAAAACCACAAAUGACUCCGAACAGGCGGUGACGGACUUGCAACCGCUGCGCCAUGAGUCCGAUUCGUUCUUUGAUUUUGACUGUGAGCUGGAAAGUCCAGGUAGCCCUGUGGAUGAGUGUGAAUAUUUGCGACUAAUAGAGACAGCAUCGAACACACCACACAAUUCGGCGGCUGAAUCGGGAUGUGUUUGUGCGUCGACCUCGAGUAGUCGCGGCUCCACAGAAGUGCAGUACUUUGAUCAUAUACACAAUGAGCAAACGUUAAACGAUGUACCCGAAUUUUCGCCUACACUACACAAUGGCUAUGGCGCGAAUGACCAAGUCCAUGACCACCAUGACAACGUGUCUGCAGAAAACAGCAAAACUGAGGACGAUGUCGACAAUGCAGCGGUUGCAAAUAAGAAACUAUCCGAAGAACCUUUGGUGGAGGCGCAGAACCAUGACGAAACUUUAACACCUGUGGAUUUGGCAAAUAUACAAGAUGAGAUAAUCAAUGAACUGCAAGAACAUAGCGCACGCAUUGGAAAUAUUAUUGAAUCCAUGCAAAUUCAAACAAAUAACGAAAACAACAAUACUGCUUCCGUAACUUUGCACACUAAUCUCUCUAAUGGCGACACUGAAACUGAUGCACACAGAAAUCUUGACAAUAUCGAACAAUUGCACACUGAAACGACUGAAACUAGCAAUACGGAUAAAACCGCCCAAAACGAAGUACAAAUAGGGUUAGACACAAAUGAGUCGACCCGUACAAGCACUCAGGAAACCACUGAAACUAAACAACUGCACAACAAAACCAAAGAUGAGAAAUCCACAUUCGAUGGACACGAAGAGGAUGAAGACGAUUGUCGGCCGCAACGCGUGCGCCGCUGCUCAUCACUGAAAACCGGUAAAACACCACCGGGUACACCAGGUCGCAAGAAAAUUGUGCGUUUCGCAGAUGUACUAGGUCUCGAUUUGGCCGAUAUCAAAACAUUUCUCGACGAAAUACCAACAAUACCGAAAUCUGCAUUUGAAGAUUUGGAAGUGUUGGAAUCGGAACCGCCCAUACAGCUCGGACCGAAAUCCGAUAAGCUGCUCAUGCCGCUCUUUCAACAGCCCGGUGGACUGCCGAACUUUUUAGAUCUUGUGCGCGAAAAACAAGUUUCGUUGGAGAACGCCGCGGUAACGGAUCACAUCAAUCAGACGAUUACCGGCACGGUGCGUGUACGCAAUUUGGACUUCAACAAGUCAGUGCACAUACGUUAUACGCUGGAUAAUUGGCGCAGCUAUGCCGAUCUGCAGGCAAACUACGCUGAAAACUCUUGUGACGGCUUUUCAGAUAAAUUUACCUUCUAUCUCUUUGGUAAUUCUUUGCAAAUUGGUCAGCGCAUUGAGUUUGCUUGUCGUUUCCAAUGUAAAGGCCAACAGUUUUGGGAUAAUAACUAUGGAACUAAUUACUGCUUCCAAUGCUUGCCAGCGUCAAGUCCUGCUAGUGCCACCACGCAUCCAAUACACGUGCACACGACUACAAGUCACACAGCUGGGUUGUUCAGCCCCACGGUCGGUGAUGCAUGGUGUAGCUCCUUCUACUAGGCACCUGAGACAUAUUGAGAGAAAAAUGUUAAAAAAACCAAAUACAUAUACAUAUAUAUAUUACAAUGUUAUUAAUACUGUGCAGCUGCAUGCGAACACACUCACACGCACAAGUACACGAAUAUACAGAAACACACAUAGACAUUUAGCUAAAAAAUCAGGGAAAAUACUCUCAAGACUCCUACUAACUUUCCACCUACAUACAUAUACACAUUCAUACGUAUAACAAGUGAACCCACCCUUCCAAAGCCAAAGAACAAGCAAAAUCACGAACGUUACAUUCAUAUAAACUUAUUAUAUGUAUGGAAUUAUGUAUAUUUUUUGUAAAUAUUAACACAAUAUAAAUCUACACACAUGUACUAGUAUAUGCACACAUACAUAAAUACAUAGAUACGAACUAGAAAGCAUAUUCUGUAUUUGCGAACAGAUGCCUAAAGACUAAAUAAUUUUAGCAAUUUACAACAACAACAAACUACAGCCGGUUAGCAGCCUUUAAUAUACUCAGCCAUAUAUGUGCAUGCAUAUGUAUUCAUAUGCAUGUGCCUAUCGAGUUAUUAGCUAAUAAACAUAUGAAUUUUCCUAUAUACACACAUAUACAUAUGUGUUUGUAUGUGUGCAUCUACAUACGUACGUAAUAGCGAAUAAAAUUUAUGAAAGCAAAUCUUUUUGAAAGAGAAAGUUUAAAACUACACCUACACAUACAAACAUAGUGAAAUGUGGAGCUGUUAGAAAAAUCUCCCUACAAAUGUUGCCGUUUUGUAUAACAAAGAUAACAAAAAAGUGAUCAAUAAAAUUAAAACUAAAGUAAAACUAAUAACAGUUAUGGUUACAGAAUUAUGGAAUGAAAACAAAUCAUAUGAAAAAUAUUGUGCAAAUUAUUUAUCGAAUGCAAUAAUACUAUACAUA